CCCCCCCUGGCCCCGGCCCCGGCCCCGGCUCCGGCUCCGGUCCCAUUCGCCUGUUCAGUCUUCUGGCUAGGGAGGAUGUCGGGCUCGUCGCUCCCCAGCGCCCUGGCCCUCUCGCUGUUGCUGGUCUCUGGCUCGCUCUUCCCGGGGCCAGGCGCCGCUCAGAACGCUGGGUUUGUCAAGUCGCCCAUGUCAGAAACUAAGCUCACGGGGGACGCCUUUGAGUUGUACUGUGACGUGGUCGGGAGCCCCACGCCAGAGAUCCAGUGGUGGUACGCAGAAGUCAACCGGGCAGAGUCUUUCAGACAGCUGUGGGACGGUGCUCGGAAGCGCCGUGUCACCGUAAACACCGCCUACGGGUCAAACGGCGUGAGUGUGCUGAGAAUAACCCGGCUCACCUUGGAGGACUCUGGGACUUACGAGUGCAGGGCCAGCAACGACCCCAAGAGGAAUGACUUGAGGCAAAACCCUUCCAUAACAUGGAUUCGAGCCCAGGCCACCAUAAGCGUCCUUCAGAAGCCGAGAAUUGUUACCAGUGAAGAGGUCAUUAUUCGCGACAGCCUCCCAGUCACCCUGCAGUGUAACCUCACCUCCAGCUCUCACACCCUUGCACACAGCUACUGGACAAAGAAUGGGGCAGAACUGGCCGCCACUCGUAAGAACGCCAGCAACACGGAGUACAGGAUCAACAAGCCGAGAGCUGAGGAUUCAGGCGAAUACCACUGUGUGUAUCAUUUUGUCAGUGCUCCUAAAGCAAAUGCCACCAUUGAAGUGAAAGCUGCUCCUGACAUCACUGGCCAUAAGCGGAGUGAGAACAAGAAUGAAGGGCAGGACGCCAUGUUGUACUGCAAGUCAGUUGGCUACCCCCACCCAGAAUGGAUAUGGCGCAAGAAGGAGAAUGGUAUGCUCACGGAAGUUGGCAAUGCCUCUGGCCGUGUCUUCAUCAUCAACAAGGAAAAUUACACCGAAUUGAAUAUUGUGAACCUCCAGAUCACAGAAGACCCUGGUGAAUAUGAAUGUAAUGCUACCAACUCUAUUGGCACUGCCUCCGUUUUCACCAUCCUCAGGGUACGGAGCCAUCUGGCCCCACUGUGGCCUUUCUUGGGAAUUCUGGCUGAAAUCAUCAUUCUUGUGGUGAUCAUUGUUGUGUAUGAGAAGAGGAAGAGACCAGAUGAGGUUCCUGACGAUGAUGAACCAGCUGGACCAAUGAAAACCAACUCUACCAAUAAUCACAAAGAUAAAAACUUGCGCCAGAGAAACACAAAUUAAUUACUGCUUAUAAUCUCUUUAGGUUCCUAAAACCGGUGGCAACAUGACCUGCUAAAUUUUCUGCUUGGACCUCUUUGGUCUCCCCUUUCAAGUGAGCAACACCACAAUGACCGUCUAAAGCAUGCCUUAUUUAGCCUCUCCUGUCAGGGUGACCUAGCCAGGUACAUUUUAAACAAUGCUUCAGUGUAGAAGGUGUGAACUAUUUUGGGCUUGAUGUGCUGUGAAUGUUGCUUUUCCCCCCUUUGUUAAAAUAUUUAAAUAGAAGUGAAAGGUCCUCUGAGGAUCGAAUCAUGCAUGCGCCAUUUUUUACUUAUGCAGCUGUGAAAUUGGCAAAGCUCUAAAAAUGCACUGCUGCCAUCUAGUGAGACAUUUUUGUAAAGUACAGCAAAACCUACAGAUAUAUACAAUAUAUAAAUAUAUAUAUAUAUAUUUAUAUUUUUGGGGGUGGGAUAAAUCCAAAACAAAUGCUUGUUUCAUUUUGAAGCUGCUGAUACUCGUUCCUUACUAUAUGUUGUCGGAUGAGGAAGCCGCAGUGCUGGUACAUAAAGAUGAGUAAUAUAAACUGAAGUCUGUCAUUUUUAAGGGCUUAACCUACAACUUAAGAAGCUGGAACAGUCCACUGAAUAGAUAUAAUGAAUUGCAGUAUGUGUAUAUAUAUAUGUGUGUGUGUGUGUGUGUACAUAUAUAUAUAUAUAUAUAUAUGUACACACACACACACACACAUACAUGACUGCUUUUAAAGUGACUAUUUUUUCUUUGUUAAAUCAUGUAAAUUCCUAAAUCUUUUGCACUGAUGUGUUGAACAUUCAAUCUUGUACAUUCAAGGCAAACUUUUAUAAUUUACCUUUUGUUUUCAAUGACCUUGAAAUGUUAAUAGCAUGGUGAUACUCUAUGCAACUCUAGUUAUACCUUUGGGUUUGACAGUGUAUUUUUCACAUUGAUUUAAUGGUUGAUGAUAGAUUUUAUAACCUGACCAGAUUAUCAUGCAGUACCUAACUGUAGAUGCAUGUACUUGUGUUUUGUGUAAUUGUUGAAGUGCAAUGAUGUAUAAAAAAGUGGAUUCACCUGUUUUUAACAAUAAAACAUUAAUAAAAGGU